AUGUCCUUGACGGAGCAGCUUGCGGUCGACUUCAAGCGACCUGAUCUGGAAGUGCGAGUAUAUACACUGGCUCCAGGUUACUUCCCGAGUGAGAUGACUCCAAUCGCCAAUGAUUCUGGCAAGCAGGAAGAACAUUUCCGUACGAAGUGCUACGUGACUGGUUCGACGCUCGUGAUUGAUGGAGGCUGGCUGUUGGCCCAUGCUUGA